CUGCAAGAGCUUUCAGUUUCACUUGGAGGAGAAGCGCGGAUCAGCCGCUGGGUUUUUGGUCGUGUUUAUUUCUGCGGGGCUUAUUUUUCUCGGACACAGGACAAGUCUUGUACAAUGACAACAACCUGGACUUUUUGUUUCACUCUUCUGACUCUCUUACAUUUGAGCGAAUCCGUCAUCAGGACAUACUACAUUGGGAUCCGUGAGGAAUACUGGAAUUACGCUCCCACCGAACGAAAUCUCAUCAGUGGCCUUGAUAUCAAGCAUGACGAGCGUGCCUCUACAUAUCUGGUCGACAGUCAAAACCGGAUUGGUAGUGUGUAUAAAAAAGCUUUGUAUAGACGGUACACAGAUGGGACUUUCACCACUGAGGAGCCUAGAUUGCAGUGGCUGGGAUUCCUUGGACCUGUGAUCCGAGCAGAAGUGGGGGAUGUCAUUAAAGUGCAUCUGAAGAACUUUGCAUCUCGGCCUUAUUCAAUCCAUCCACAUGGAGUCCUCUACAAGAAAGACUCUGAAGGCGCAUGGUAUCCGGAUGGUACGUCUGGUGUGAAUAAGAGUGAUGAUGCUGUGGCUCCAGGACAAGCCUACAUGUACACAUGGAACGUGACAGAAGAGUUUGGUCCUAAACAGUCUGACUCCACCUGUCUUACAUCGAUGUAUCACUCACACGUAAAUGCACCGAAAGACAUAGCAACAGGACUUAUUGGAGUGCUGCUCAUCUGCAGGAAGGGAGCACUGGACCCAUCUGGACUUCACCAAAUUGGCAUGCCUCAUGAGUUUUUCUUGAUGUUCAGUGCAGUGGAUGAAAAUUUGAGCUGGUAUCUUGAAGACAAUAUUAAGGAGUACUGCCAUAAUAACAUGACUCUGAAAGAGGAUCCUGACUUUCAGGAGUCAAACCGGCUGCACUCAAUAAAUGGUUUUGUUUAUGGUAACUUGCCAACACUGGAAGUGUGUCUCGGAAGGCCUGUGUUUUGGCAUCUUCUUGGUAUUGGAAAUACCGUAGAUCUUCACUCCAUUCACUUCCAUGGCCACACCUUGCUCAACCAAGGUCACCGUACAGAUGUUGUCAGUGUAUUUCCUGCCACUUCGGUCACUGCAAAAAUGGUUCCCAUGACAGCUGGGAAGUGGUUGUUCGGCUGCCAAAUUGAUGAUUACAUGCAUGCAGGUAUGCAGGGCUUUUAUGAGGUCCUUUCAUGUGACAAUGCGACUGCACCCACAGCGCUCCCUGUUCAUGUCAGGCGUUACUACAUUGCUGCAGAAGAGGUGCUUUGGGACUAUGCCCCCUCAGGGAAAAACGGACUGACCAAUAAACCACUAAAUGAAUCAGAGAGUGACUCUGAAGAGUUCUUCAGUACAAAUGAUGGAAGGCUGGGAGGAAAGUACUGGAAGGUCCGAUACGUUGGGUACCAUGAUGAAGCAUUCACUUCCAAGAUCGAGCAAAGUGGUUCAGAACACCACUUAGGCAUUCUGGGUCCUGUCAUUAGGGGAGAACCUGGUGAUGUCAUUGAGGUGACAUUUCGAAAUAAGGCACAGUAUAAUUUCAGUAUGCAACCUCACGGUGUGUCGUAUGACAAAGCUUACGAAGGAGUCAUAUAUCAGGAUGGUUCUCAGAAAGCAGGGGCCAGUGUGGCACCAGGUCAGACGUUUACAUAUCGAUGGCGGGUGACAGAAGGCCCCUCGUCCAGUGAUCCACCCUGCCUGUCAUACUUGUAUUACUCCGCUACAAAUCCCAUUCGUGACACCAACUCUGGUUUGGUGGGACCCUUACAGGUGUGCAAGAAAGGAGUUCUGGAUGAGAGUGGUCAACAGCAUAUAGGGUCGGAGGUGCAGAAAGAGUUUUUCCUUCUCUUUACUGUGGUGGAUGAGAAUAAAAGCUGGUAUCUGAAGAAGAAUGUUGAUGAAUUUGGUGAUGGGUCAGAUCCAGACAGCUUAGUAUUUCAGGAAAGCAAUAAAAUGCACUCGGUGAAUGGCUUCAUGUAUGGAAACCUUCCUGAGCUUUAUCUGUGUGAAGGGGACCAUGUUGUGUGGCACUUGCUGGCGUUGGGCUCAGUGGAUCCCUUUGGCAUUUACUUCCAGGGCAACACGUUUCAACUGGAUAACACAACACGUGACACACUCAAUCUCUUCCCUCACUCCAGUGUCACCGUCUCCAUGAUACCUGACAAUGACGGUCUUUUUGAGCUGAGCUGUCUCAAUACUGAUUACUACCGUGGUGGUAUGUGGCAGCUGUACACUGUCAAACGUUGCACACCGAGUCAGAACCCCGGUUCGGAGGUUACGGCCUUUCAGCCUGAUGUGACUUUCUUCUUGGCUGCUGAAGAACUGGAGUGGAAUUAUGCCCCAAAUCGGACAUGGGAGUUGGAGAAACUUAACACUACUCUCAACGAAAGCAUUGGGAGUGUUUUCCUCAGUAAAUCAGAGAACCAGAUUGGGCCUGCAUACAAAAAGGUGGUGUACCGCAAAUACAAGGAUGAAACCUUCACAAAACAGGAUGCAAGGGGUCCUGAGGAAGAGCAUUUAGGCAUUCUGGGUCCCAUUCUCAGGGUGCAAGUUGGUGAGAAGGUUCAGGUUGUGUUUAAGAAUAAAGCCUCUAUACCCUAUUCAGUUCACGCUCAUGGAGUGAAGACCAGCAAGGCUCAACCUGUUUCUCCAGGUCACACAACAAGGUAUAACUGGACUAUCAGUUCAGGUCCUGGACCCACUGAGUCAAACUGCAUAAACUAUGCCUAUUACUCAUCAGUGAACUCUCUGAAGGAUUUGGCGAGUGGCUUGGUCGGGCCAUUGGUGGUGUGUCGUAAGGAGACUCUGAAUAAAAGCAGACAGCGAAUUGAUGUGGAUAAAGAAUUUGCUUUGCUCUUCAUGGUGUUUGAUGAGAAUGAAUCAUGGUAUCUGCAGGAUAAUAUACGAACGUACCUGAAAAAAGACCCUGAAACUUUCGACAUGGAUGACGAAGACUUUAUGGAGAAUAACAUGAUGUAUGGGAUUAAUGGAAAGCUGUACGCUAACCUGCAUGGUUUGAAGAUGCAGCAGGGAGAUCGGACCGAGUGGUAUUUAAUGGCACUGGGGAAUGGAGACGAUAUGCACACAGUACACUUUCACGAUCAGAGCUUCAUAUACAAGACGGAUCACCCACAUAGAGCUGAUGUGUAUGCCUUGUUCCCUGGAACCUUCAGAACCAUUGAACUAAAGGCAGGAACUCCAGGAACAUGGCUCCUCCACUGCCACGUGUCAGACCACAUUGACGCCGGCAUGGAGACAACCUUCACCAUCGAUGCUGGAAACUCCACAGCCUGGACACAUGGCAUCACAUUUCUGCAGUCGUUUUGCCGAAUACUACUAGCUAUCAUACUAGCCUUCUGGCUCUAGUAUCGCAGCAGAGGUGUUGGAUGGUUUUCAUUUCACCACUACCUGAAAAGUCCUAUUAAGUUUUAUUUAUUUUUUUAAUUUGUGAAAUUAAAAUGACACUGUAUGUUGAGAAAUGUUAGCGGUUUUUUAAGUCUAUUUUCUGUAUAGCUGAGACUAGUUAGACUAUAAGACAUUGUGCUGUAGGGCUGGGUGAUUGAUUAAUCAAAUUGUAUUUCCAAUUCUGAUUUUUUUUGUGUGUCUGAGCCAUUUAUGAUUUUCAGUUUCUUUAAUGAUAUCUGCUGGCAAUAAGAUGAGCUUGUGUCCUUGUAGUUGCACACAAAGGGUUAAAUGAUUCAUCUGUGCCAAUUAGAAAGGGUUAAGGAAGACAAAGGAAGCUGAUUUAGGACAGGCCUUAAUCUGAAAUAUUUGGAAGGUUUUGAGAUGCCAGCAGGCAUAUUGUUUUUCACCAUUGAUUUAUAUUCCAGUUUAAACAUACGCAUCUUUUCUUUAUUAGUCAUAAAAGGUUUUUAUUUUUAUCACAUUUACUUUAAAAUAUUCAGUGGAAUAAACCUUUGGAAUCUAUCAAUAUCCCUGAGGCGUCUACAAGAAGUGACUUAUUGGAAGAUACUACAUUUGGCCUUCUUCUCGGCUGCUUCAAAGCUGGUCACCACAGUGGAUCUGUUCUGUAUAUUUGAUUCGGCAUAGGUUUUAUACCAGAUGCCCUUCCUGACGCAACCCUCCCCAAUCUAUCCAGGCUUGGGACUGGCGCCAAGUAUGCACUGGGUAUUUUUACCUAACCUGCAUGUCUUUGGACUGUGGGGGAAACCGGAGCACCUGGAGGAAACCCACACUGACACGGGGAGAACAUGCAAACUCCAUACAGAAAGGCCCCCAACCAGCCACUGGGCUCGAACCCAAACCUUCUUGCCGUGAGGCGACAGUGCUGACCACUGCACCACCGUGCUGCCCUUUGGCUUCCAACGAUGAUGAAAACAAGAAAAGCAACAUAAAAUGAUUAUUGUGCCACAUUUUGUUUUACAACAAUGCUCUCGUUUCAUCCUGUGUUAUGAAUCUGGAGCACAGAUUUGCAACUUCACACACCUCCCAAGAAUCCAUAUGUGCCUUCAUCCCCCUCCUGGUAAAACUUCCAAUAGUCCAGACUUAAAAACUUAAA